UUUUCAAUUUUCUAGAGAGAGAAACAGAGAUCAGAGUGUCACAUGGCAUGUGAGCACCAGCUGUGUCCACUCCCCCCCUCUCUCUCUCUCUCUCUUUCUCUCUCUUCUUCUUGAUAUAUACCCUUCUCACCGCCCUCUGCUCUAGUUUUUCUUUUUACUCUCCCUCUGCUUCUCUCUCUCUCUCUCUGUCUCUGUCUCGCUUUCUGAGCAUCAAGAAGACCGCUUUCUCUCUCCUCUUCUCUCUCUCUCUCUCUCUGCGCAGCAGCGGCGGCAGCAGCGGUCACCUCUCCGAGCUCUCUUUCUCUCUCUCUAAUGGCGGAAGUCGACCCCUGAGCUCUCGCUCUCUGAUAAAAUCUCAAGGAGGAAGAAGAGGGAAAGGAAAAGAAAAAAGAAAAUGACCCACCUCUCUCUCUUGCUAUUCCCUCUCGUCUUCCUCUCUCUUCACCGACCUGCUGCUGCUGCUUCGUCGCCAUCGUCGUUCUCUGCAGCGAACGCUGAUUCUCAGCAGCUCAUCGACUUCAAGAACACUCUCAAAGACCCUUCGCUCCUCCCCACCUGGCUUCCCAACCAGGACCCCUGCGCUUUCACCGGCGUUUCAUGCAAGUCCUCCCGCGUGGCCUCCAUUGAGCUCGCCAACCUCGGCUUGAGCACAGACUUCCGCUCUGUUUCUUCCCAUCUCCUGACUCUGGGAUCCUUGGAGUCUCUGUCCCUGACCUCCGCCAACAUCGGCGGCGCUCUGGCCUUCCCGUCCGGAUCCAAAUGCAGUGCGGUCCUGAGCAGCCUAGAUCUAUCCGGGAACGCUUUGUCCGGCCCAAUCUCGGAUAUCGCCAGCUUGGGUCCUUGCCAGAACCUCAAAGUCCUCAACUUUUCCGGCAACAACCUCAACAACUCCGGACAAGAAAGCGCCACCGGCCUCAAGGGGCUCGAGAGUUUGCAGGUUCUUGACCUUUCCUUCAACAAGAUUUCUGGGUCUAAUGUCAAUGUUUCGUGGGUUUUGUCCGGCGGAUGCGGUGCCAUGACUCACCUGUCCCUGAGAGGGAACAAGUUGACUGGGGAUGUGGAUGUCUCGGGCUGCAACAAGUUGCAGUACUUGGAUAUAUCCCAGAACAACAUCUCCGUGAGCGUGCCUUCCUUCGGAGAUUGCUCGGCCUUGGAGCAUCUGAACGCGUCCUCCAACAGGUUCUAUGGCGAUAUUGGGCGUGCGCUCUCUGCCUGCUCUCAGCUCAGCUUCUUGAACCUCUCCAACAACCACUUCUCAGGUCUAAUCCCUUCUCUCCCGACCAAGAACUUGCAGUUCCUUUACUUGUCUGGGAACGGAUUUCAGGGGGAGAUCCCUCCUAGCCUCGUCGAUGCUUGUCCAGGUCUUGUCGAGCUCGAUCUUUCUCAGAAUAACUUGACUGGUGUGAUUCCUGCUAGUUUCAGUUCUUGCGAUGCACUGCAGUCCAUCGACCUGUCUAAUAAUAACUAUACUGGUGAGUUGCCCAUGGAUUUGUUCAUGCAAAUGGGAAAGGUGAGGAAGUUGGCUUUGUCAUUCAAUCACUUUACAGGCGGUCUGCCGGAAUCUUUGUCGAAUUUGACUUUGUUGGAGACAUUGGAUCUGAGCUCAAAUAAUCUCUCUGGGGUGAUUCCUAGUGGCUUAUGUCAAGAUCCUGGGAAUAGCUUGAAGGAGCUCUAUCUCCAGAAUAAUGGGUUCACGGGUUCGAUCCCACAGGCCCUGAGCAACUGUUCUCAGCUGGUUUCGCUCGAUUUGAGCUUCAAUUACUUGAGGGGUCAGAUUCCGGCGAGUUUGGGCUCUCUGUCUAAGCUUCAGGAUUUGAUCAUUCUGCUGAAUGAACUCGAUGGUGAGAUCCCGCAGGAGCUCAUGUAUAUUCAGACGCUAGAGAACUUGCUUCUGGACUUCAAUGAGUUAACGGGGGCUAUCCCGUCUGGCCUGCGUAACUGCACCAACUUGAAUUGGAUCUCGCUCUCUAACAACCAUCUGAGUGGGGAGAUCCCAGGUUGGAUUGGGCAGCUCUCGAAUCUCGCAAUCCUCAAGCUCAGCAACAACUCGUUCUACGGCAGAAUACCACCCGAGCUUGGCGAUUCUCGCAGCUUGAUCUGGUUGGAUCUCAACAGCAAUCUCCUCAAUGGUAGCAUCCCACCUGAGCUGUUCAAAGAAUCGGGCAGCAUCGAGGUUAAGCUCAACAACGACAAGAGAUAUGCGUAUAUUAAGAAUGAUGGCAGCAAAGGGUGUCACGGAGCCGGGAAUUUGCUCGAGUUUGCUGGGAUCAGGCCCGACCAAUUGACCAGAAUUUCCACCAGGAACCCCUGCAACUUCACCAGAGUGUACAAAGGUGUGAUCCAACCUACAUUCAAAAAUAACGGGUCGAUGAUUUUCCUUGAUAUCUCACACAAUAUGCUGUCGGGCAGCAUUCCUAAGGAAAUCGGCUCUAUGUUCUAUCUGUAUAUUCUGAACUUGGGCCAUAACAAUAUCUCUGGCCCUAUUCCGCCCGAGAUCGGGGAUCUGCAUACUCUCAACAUUCUCGACCUAUCGAACAAUGAACUGGAUGGAGGCAUCCCAGAGACAUGGACCAAGUUAUCCUCGCUUACUGAGAUCAAUUUAUCGAAUAACCGACUCACGGGGCAGAUCCCGGCAAAUGGGCAGAUAAGUACUUUAGCGGCUUCGGGCUUCGUGAACAAUACUGGACUGUGUGGAAUCCCACUUCCGCCAUGCACUUCUAACCAGGGCUUAGAUCCCAAUUCCGAGCACCGGCAGUCAAAACGGAGGCAAGCGUCCCUCGCGGGAAGCGUGGCGAUGGGUUUGCUGUUCUCGCUGUUCUGCAUUUUCGGGCUGAUGUUUGUGGCGAUGGAGUCGAGGAAGAGGAGGAAGAAGAAGAAGGGCGCCGAGCUGGAUGUCUACAUUGACAGCCGUUCCCAAUCGGGACCUGUGAAUGCUAGCUGGAAGCUCACGAGUGUGCAAGAGGCUCUCAGCAUAAACUUCGCCACAUUUGAGAAGCCCCUUCGGAAGCUGACCUUCGCCGACCUCCUCGCGGCCACCAAUGGGUUCAACAACGAUAGCCUCAUCGGCUCAGGUGGCUUUGGUGAUGUGUACAAGGCUCAGUUGAAGGAUGGGACUGUGGUCGCCAUCAAGAAGUUGAUCCACGUGAGCGGACAGGGCGACCGCGAAUUCACUGCCGAGAUGGAGACCAUAGGGAAGAUCAAGCACCACAACUUGGUGUCGCUCCUCGGGUACUGCAGGGUGAAGGAAGAACGGCUCUUGGUCUACGAAUACAUGAAGUAUGGAAGCCUCGAGGAUGUCCUGCACGAUCAGAAGAAGAACGGGAUCAAGCUCAAUUGGGCCACGAGGAGGAAGAUCGCAGUUGGGGCUGCAAAGGGACUAGCCUUUCUCCAUCACAGUUGCAUCCCGCACAUCAUUCACCGAGACAUGAAGUCGAGCAAUGUGUUGCUCGAUGAAAACCUGGAGGCCAGGGUUUCGGAUUUCGGGAUGGCGAGGCUGAUGAGCGCUAUGGACACCCAUUUGAGUGUCAGCACGCUAGCUGGCACUCCGGGUUACGUCCCUCCGGAAUAUUACCAGAGCUUCCAGUGUACUACCAAGGGUGAUGUGUACAGUUAUGGCGUGGUCCUGCUCGAGCUGUUGACUGGGAAGCGGCCGACGGAUUCGGCCGAUUUCGGGGACAACAAUCUCGUCGGGUGGGUGAAGCAGCACGCCAAGUUGAGAAUAAGCGAUGUCUUCGACCAGGAGCUGAUAAAAGAAGACCCCAACCUGGAGAUCGAGCUGCUGCAGCACCUGAAGGUCGCCUGUGCGUGCCUGGACGACCGGCCCAGGCGGCGCCCCACGAUGAUUCAAGUCCUAGCGUCGUUCAAGGAGAUACAGGCGGGGUUGGGCCUCGACUCCAUGUCCACCAUCGCCACGGACGACGUUGGCUUCAGCUCCGUGGAAAUGUCGGACCUGAGCAUCAAAGAAGGCCCAGAGUACGGCAACCAGUAGCGUAAUCGAACCUGAAACCCAUCAUUUUUCGAAGAGAGAAAAUUUUCCAGAAUGCACAAACAGCUCGAAAAAGGCGGUACCGGUCUCUCUAGUCAGCUCUCGGAAUCCCAAUUUUUCCUACAAUCUCUUUAGUAUAUGUUCCGGUUAGUCGUCGUCGUCGUCGUCAUCGUUCCUCUGUAUCUCCGCGGAUCUCCGGUGUAUGUAUCAUCAUGUAAUUCCCCCCCAGAAAGACUCAUGUUCUCCAUACGUAUAGGACUGGUUUUCCUUUGAACUUUGUCACAAGAUGUGUAUAUAUUUGGCCUUAGUUGAAGUAUGUUUUCCGCCUCUCUCUUUAGGAUUCCUCUCUUUGGAGCAAUAUUCAGUGAUGGCGACCAA